CUCCAUCCCAGAGCAAGGAAGAAGAAAGAGCAAGUUCCCGGGUGGUCCACACCGUCGCCCGCAGCAUCUCGGGGUGCACAGGAGGGGAAGAAGGCUCGUGCUUAGGUUCCCAGCAACCCGCAGCGUGGCGACCCCAGUCGGGACGGGAAGCUGCGCGCCUAGCCGAGGGCGUCCCCGGGGCGGGGCCCUGGUCCCCAGCUGUGCAGCCUCAGCGCGGCAGGGGCGGAGCCAGCAGCACCAGACGCGGCCCUGCGGCUCAGGGCUCGGACCCCGGCUGAGAAGCGCAGCCCGGGCCAGCAAGAAGCGGAGGGGGCAGAGCCGCGGGGACACGCCGCGGUGUCCUCCCGGCGUCCGGACGCUGGAUCAGCGCCCCGCAGGAUCACGGUUCGUUUUGUCCCGCGAGUCUGCUUAGCUCUCUAACUCUUUCGACAUCGGGGACCCAGGUUCGGGGUUGGCUGGAGUGGUGGACCGCGCUGGCAGGGAUGCUGCGCAGCUGCAGCUCCUCCUAGGUGCUUUGGACGCUGCUUUGCUCUUCGCGCGGAGAAUGAGGUGUCUUCACACACAGCUCCUUUACAGCUCUGGGGAAGCAGUAGAGAGCGUAGAACCGGUCUACAGGCAGAGUCCUAGAAGCCUGCUCUCUUUCCUACCUGAGAGAGCAUGCGGGAUCUUCAUGUCAUUAGAUGGCCUUCUAGACGCUGUGACCGUUGUAGCUUUUUGUGCAUUGACGUCAUUCCUGGAUCUCUGCCGAUGUACUAGAACUCCCAGGGUCCAGCUGCUCAUCCUGCCUCAGCGUCCCCAGCAGCUCAAACCACAGCUACGCACCUUUGCAACGGACUUCAGUGUCCAAGUUUUGGCAAAAUGAAGGAUCGGCUUGCAGAGCUUCAAGAAUUGUCCAGGAGCUAUGACCAGCAAUUCCCAGAUGGGGACAAUGACUUUGACGCUCCUCGGGAGGACAUAGUGUUCGAGACCGACCACAUCCUGGAGUCCUUGUACAGGGUCAUCCAGGACAUCCAGGAUGAAAACCAGCUGCUUCUGAUAGACGUGAGGCGCCUGGGGAGGCAGAACGUCCGCUUCCUCACGUCCAUGCGGCGCCUCAGCAGCAUUAAGCGCGACACCAACUCCAUCGCCAAGGCCAUCAAGACCCGAGGCGAAGGCAUCCACCAGAAGCUGCGCUCCAUGAAGGAGCUGAGCGAGCAGGCCGAGGCCCGGCACGGCGCGCACUCGGCGGUGGCUCGCAUCUCACACGCGCAGUACAGCGCGCUGGCCCGCGCUUUCCAGCAAGCCAUGUACGAGUACAACCAGGCCGAGAUGAAACAGCGCGACAACUGCAAGAUCCGCAUCCAGCGGCAGCUGGAGAUCAUGGGCAAGGACAUGUCGGGCGAGCAGAUUGAGGACAUGUUCGAGCAGGGCAAGUGGGAUGUAUUCUCCGAGAACCUGCUGGCCGACUUGAAGGGCGCGCGGGCUGCGCUCAACGAGAUCGAGAGCCGCCACCGCGAGCUCCUGCGCCUGGAGGGUCGCAUUCGCGAUGUGCACGAGCUCUUCCUACAGAUGGCCGUGCUAGUGGAGAAGCAGGAGGACACGCUGAACGUCAUCGAGCUUAACGUGCAGAAGACCCUCGAUUACACGGGCGAGGCCAAGGCGCAGGUGCGCAAGGCGGUGCAGUACAAGAAGAAGAACCCCUGCAGGACCAUCUGCUGCUUCUGUUGUCCCUGUGUCAACUAGCCGCUGGCUUGAGUCUCCACUGCACGUGCCAUGUGGGAAACAUGUCCAGGAUGCCCAGCCAAAGGCAUCUUGCACUGGGCCGAGGGAGAGGGUCCCAAUACCUUGCAGAAUUCAGAGCAUAGAGAAAGUGGGGGUUGGGAUGCAAGAUUUGGAGUCCGGCACCUGCUGCCUUCAAGGAAUAGUUGUUAAUAUCCAAUGGCUACUUAAUGUAGACAGAUUUCCACUGGCGUUGUGUGAUGUCAUUAUAAAAUACAUAGCACUCAGCAUCACGGGGAGGAACUAAGGUCAUUUGCUAAGAUGUGUGUCUUGAAAGGAGGAAGCCAAGAGAACAGGAUGCUAAUAGUAUGAGUACAUUAUCAAAAGUUGCCUUUGUUUAUCCUCUCUGGAAAGUUCCUUGGUGCUAUAUGGUUUUGAAUGACAUUCACUUCAGUAUUCAUUACGUCUGUUCAUUUUCGUGGAACUUUGACCUUGGGUAAAUUGGCUGCCAUUCACUUCUGAUUAUUUAUGUUGUGUGAGCCCUGCGUGAACUCCUUCCCUUGGCUCGCUCCCACUACACAGUAACCCUCACUGGACACUGGCUCCUUACCUCUCUCACCUUUUAUAUCGUCCACCAGCUUAUAUAUGAAUAUUUUUAAAGCACCAAAUAUUGAACAAGCACUCAAGUUGAGCUUUAUAUUGGUCACAUUUUAUGGAUUUUUCACAGAUAACAUUUAUUUAAAAUUUAUCUUUGUACUUCAUUUCAUAUGAAUAUGGGUGUAAUUGUAAACUAAUCUCCAUUCCUAUGUGUACAUUAAUGGCCAAUUAGAUUGACUUUGCUUUUGGAAAUUCUGUAUAUAAACAACAAGAGCAGUUUUUGCUGUGUGCCAUUGUUUGAUGAUCCUGAGUGUAUUUCAUGCCUGUCUGCACAGUCCAGUUUGGGUCUAACUUUAUUUUGAACAACUGUGUGCUGUCAUUAAUAAAGAGAAGCGAGGAAGAUUGGAAACUUGUGAAGCAGCUAGAGAUGCUAAAGUGAGGUUCUUGGGGAUAGUAAUCUACCUUACUCCGAGCCAUUCCUUUCUCCAUUAAAGCAGAGAGACUUCAAGUAAAAUCUUGUUUUUCAAAUAAGUUUAAUAAAUAUGAAGUUAUAACUGUCUCUCUUUUUAUAUUUCUCUCUUGACCCACUGAACCUAAAUUGAUUGUCUUUUCCGAUUAUUGUUAAACUAUCUCCCACCUAACUAUAAUGUCUGCAUGGAACUCUAAACAAAGUUUUUACAGUCAUUUAGAAAUUGCUGAGGUUUUAAAGAUUUGCUUUCACUUGAAGAUGUUGGAAACCAUGUUCCAGACUGUAGUUACCACGCCUGUGUGUGCCUUCUGAAUCCACUCUCAGCUGCUGGUUUUUAACACGCCAGUGAUUUCAGUGGAAAGUCCUAUAGCCUGAGUUUAUAAGAAGACAAAAGAAGAGCAGGAACUCUCUGGGGCCCGUUGAUCUGCUUAUGAGAGAGAAGACCCAGCCUUCGCAGUUUUUCUUUGUGCAGUCCGAUAUGAACUGUACAUGUGGAGCCCUGCCAGGCUCUCCUUACACUUUGCCCAGCUCCUUUAUUACCGAACUACUGGGAUGUUCCCCUCUCUCUAAGGGAGAGGUUCCCACACGGCCCCAGUGACCUAAUUUUUAUUGUAGAGCAGAGUCUGUCUAUGGAGACUAGCUAUUUUCUGCAAGAAGGAACAGUCUGUAAAUUUAACAUACAUGAACUCUGGAAGGACUUUCUUUCUUCCUUCCUUCCUUCCUUCCUUCCUUCCUUCCUUCCUUCCUUUCUUUCUUUCUUUCUCUCUUUCUCUCUUUCUUUCUUUCUUUCUUUCUCUCUUUCUUUCUCUCUUUUUUUAGAACCAAUAUGAAAAUAAAUAACUUUCUGUGUCUGCGUAAUUUUCUUUUGAGACACAGUCUCACUAUAUAGCCCCAGAUGACUUGGUACUCACUAUAUAGACCAGGCUGGUCUCAAACUCACAGGCAUAUCCUCCUGUCUCCGCCUCCUGAGAGCUGAUAUUAAAGUCAUGUGCCCCAACACCAGGGUAGAACACUUUUGUCCUAAGUAAUCCUGGUGAUGAGUCUGUGCUAACUAUUCUAUCCUGCUUGCUUCUAUUAGACUGUUGCUCCAGCCUGUCCUGUCCUGUCCUGUCCUGUCCUGUCCUGCCCAAGACAUGAAUCAUAAGCUCCAUGAAGAGUUCUGGAAAGUCAUCCAGGCCUGCAACACAGACCUCGGGGGAAGGCAUCAGUUGCCUGGAACCUAGGAUAGAAAAAAGAACUGACUCCUGCAAAUUGUACACACACACACAUAUAACACACACACACACACACAUCACACACACACAGGGAGGGUGAUUUAAAUAUAGACUCUGAAUAUGAGAAAAAGCAUGUGUUGUUUGUCUUGCUGACUCUGGCUUAUUUGGAUUUUGUUUGUUGUUUGUUUUUCACAGAGUCUCAUUAUGUGGCCCUGAAUGUCCUCAAACUCACUAUGUAGACCAGGCUGGCCUUAAAUUCACAAAGAUUUGCCUGUUUCUGCUUUCUGAGUUCUGGCCUGAGUCUAGUUUAUUUCAUUUAGCAUACCAAUUUCUUCUGUCAUCCAUUUUCCUAAAAAAAAUUGAAACAAAAUUUAAAAAAUUAAAAAAGUCAUGAUUUUCUUUUUCUUCAUGACUGAAUAAAAUCCCACUGUGUGUAGUGCCACAUUUUCUUUAUGUUUGUCUAUUGGUGGACAUCUAGGCUGGAUAUUUUUCUGGCUAUUGUGAACGGUAAAGCAACAAACACAGACAUUCAAGUAUCGCUGUUCACUUAGAGUGUGUGCCCCGCGGUGGUUUAGGUGGGGGCAAUGGUUGAUCUUGGCUGUUGACCUCACUGGAUCCAGAACUAAUAAAAAUAAGACAAGC